AUGAAAUAUCAGAAGGGACUAAGGCUCCCCUACUUGAUGGCACUCUACAGAAAGAUCUCAAUGAGCUACCAUCCUAUUGAACAAUCUCUGCCACCGGAUAUAGUGGAGGCAGCGCUUCCUUAUCUUUCUUCGAAGGACAUACGAAACCUGUCUUUGACAAACAAGUACUUUCAUAAGUUGCUUGACUUCAAUUCUUCCGGCACGCUAUGGCAUGAACUAUUUCGUAAGUCGUUUGGGUCGCUCCAUUCCGACACAGAGCCCUUAGAGUCAAACAAAAAUUCUUAUUAUAUGAGCUGCUGUGAGCUGAUAUUGAGAAAUCGAUUUCCUGAGGACUCCUGGGACAAAUUGUACCAAAUAAGAUCUUACAAGACCAAAUUGUACACAUGGGGUUCAUUGAAACACGCCCGACUGGGAUAUACGACCUCGACGUAUCCUUCGUUGCCUGCGAGCGUCAUCAAUAACGCGGGAAUGCGGCUUCAAUUUGGAAUAAACAAACCUGUUCAGGUACCAUGGGACUCCAAUACUAAGGAUUCGGCGUCGUCAUCCUCAGAAGACAGUAGCAUUGCGUCUGUCUCUGCUGGUGGUUUUUCCUUUCAAAUUCUGACCAAGUCAGGCAAGCUUUACAUGACGGGGUCAACUUAUUCCGGAGGUCACCGUGGUCCCGGCCCUAUUGAAGGACAAAGUGAUUAUAAUCCAUUUCAGCACUUGAUCAUGCAUACAGAGCGUAGUCUCACACUCUUCAAUGGUAGAACACCAAGAAGAGGCGGCGUCGUACCUAUAAAUACAACAAGCACAAUACCUUUGGAGAGACCGCAUGAAAACCUCUACGCAAGCUUCGAGGAAGCUGAACGUGUUUUGGAUCAAAAACUUGCAGGUAACAGAAACAUUAGACGGCUAUUCACUCGCGACAUCAUAAAAGUGGAUUUGAGCGGUUCUGGUAGCUUCAACGUGGAUGAAGAGAAUCUGGAUGAAAUAAAAUUUGAAGCCGUCUCUUCUGGAAGAUCACACAUCUUGGCCUUGAGCGAUCAGGGCGAUUUGUACUCCUGGGAUGGUCCCGAUGUAGAGCAGGGUAUCAAGAUUGUUUUCAAUGGGUUGCCCACCAAAGAGACAAACCCUGUCAUCAAGAUAGGCUGUGGAUGGGAUUACAAUUGCGUUUCCAUUUUUGAUGUAGGGUUGGUGUUUUGGCGCGGUCGUCAUGCCAUACAGGAGAAUGAGAUAUCUGCACCAGCUAAUUACACAGUCAUUCCCAACACCAACAUAAUGAGCGGUGAUAAUAAAAUCGUAGAUUUCGCUUGCUGCGCAAAUUUGUGCGUUUUCUUCAUCAAUGCCAAGGGAGAUGAGCUUUAUUUAUAUGCAAAUGACGCUGUGCAUAAAGUGCUUUUGCCCAUCGAAGGUCGCAUUGUUAAGAUUGUUGGUUGCUACACCAUGUUGGCAAUUUUUACGGACCGCAGCUGCUAUACCGUGAACGUUGUGGAAGGCCAGGUUGUCACCCAAACUUUAGUCAAAUUGGAGUUGGAAGACCCAGAAGAUAUGAUCCUAUCGCUAUCCACAGGUGAUUAUCACACGGUGGCACUUACGUCAAGUGGGAAAAUUUACACAUGGGGCCUGGAAAGCGAGCUUUGCGGAUGCCUAGGACUUGGCGAUAGAGAAGAAAUUGUGAACGGCCGACAAGUUGGAAGGAUCGGAAACCUGCGAAGCACCAGAGUAAUUAAGCCGACUUUGGUGAAGCUGGGAAAUACCGACUAUACAUGUUUGGCGGUCACGGCCGCGGGGUGGCAGACAGCUGCAUUAAUCCUAGAUUGA